AUGUUCUAUAAGGACGAGACUGUCGGAGUGGAGCCGACGUGGAUCAGAUCCCUCAGUGAGACCAGCAGAGCUACGGGACGGGAGAAGGUCCAGGAGAAGGUCCAGGAGAAGGUCCAGAAGAAGGUCCAGAAGAAGGUCCAGGAGAAGGAGAAGGUCCAGAAGAAGGUCCAGGAGAAGGUCCAGGAGAAGGUCCAGAAGAAGGUCCAGAAGAAGGUCCAGGAGAAGGUCCAGGAGAAGGUCCAGGAGAAGAAGAAGGUCCAGAAGAAGGUCCAGGAGAAGGAGAAGGUCCAGAAGAAGGUCCAGGAGAAGGUCCAGGAGAAGGUCCAGGAGAAGGUCCAGAAGAAGGUCCAGAAGAAGGUCCAGGAGAAGGUCCAGGAGAAGGUCCAGGAGAAGGUCCAGAAGAAGGUCCAGGAGAAGGUCCAGGAGAAGGUCCAGAAGAAGGUCCAGGAGAAGGUCCAGGAGAAGGUCCAGGAGAAGGUCCAGGAGAAGGUCCAGAAGAAGGUCUAG